AUGGCUUCUGCUGGUGAACGCGCUGGCUCCAGGACGCCGCCACCCCCCUCCACCUCCACCGUCAGAACUCCUCCAGCACCUCGCCACGGGUACCACGACAGCUGGGAGCCUUUCUCGCCUCGCAAGUCUGCGAGGCUUUCCUCACAGCGUGCCGCGAACAGAACCCCCUCGCCCCGCCCUUCUUGCCGUCAGCAGUCUCGUCCUGGUGCCCAGUCCGUGGCUCAGUCUAGCACCACCAUCGCCUCGCCAAUAGCCUCCCCUCGCAAGCGAUCGCAGCCUACCCCCAACGCCCGCCGCCGGGCCUCUGGCUCCUUGACUGCUGAAAGUACCUCGGCCGCAGCUGCAGCUUUAGGGCUGAAGGAGGAUCAAGCCACACAGCUACCACCAGCCAACACUUGGCCAUCACCCGCCACCAGCAUGCUUCCCACUCCAUCCAAGACUCCUCAGAAACCGCCAAACCAGAGGGCUGCCAGCGCUAUUCAGACUUUUGCCAGAAACCUCUUUCCGUCCGGGACAGAAGCCAUGCCGUCACCUAGGAAGAGGCGAGCAAUGAAGUAUCCUGCCGUCACCAUGGAGAGCUCUACCGCUGAAGAGGCCCAAGAGCCAAUCACCAUAUUCACCGACUCACAGGACCGCGUUCCCGAGAAAGAUGACAGCCAAGUCAACCCAUUCUAUGGCAACUCGGCCGCCGAGCCGAGCAAAAGGCAGAGCAAGAAGAAGUUGGUCAGCAUCCCUGGCGAGGGUCUGCAAUCGGUGGAGGAGGCUACGUGCCGAGAAGAUGGGAUGGUAUUUGUCUUCCGGGGCAAAAAAUUUUUCCGCAAAUUUUCGGAACAAGCCGAACCCGAGGAGCAGGACGACUCUGAGCAAGAAAUCGAGUCUAGACUGAGUCGACCCCUCACCAGGGCUUCCGUCAAGCCGAGGCUCCUAUUUCCCACUGCCAAGGCUGCCGAGGUGGACAAUGACGACGAAGAGGCUCUUACCGAUGUGGAGGAGCCAAGCUUGGUCGACCAGCUUCCCCAUACGCCGAAAAAGACUCACUCUCUUCCCACCGAGACACCGGAAGCUCCAAAAUAUGCACCCGUCUCACCUCCUGACACACGUCGGACCACCCGCUCCGCCCAUAGAUUGGCAGAAACGCCCAUGACGAGUUCCGGCCGCAAGAGUCUUUUUGAUUCCUGGCCUCGCACCAAAGAACACAAGAGUCAAUCUUCGUCAAAGAGACCAGGCGAGAGCUUGGUUGCAGAAGCUACGAAAAGAAGCCGCGCUUGA